GGAACGUGUUGUAGGUAGAAGCCAACCUCUAGUACAGCUUUCAGAUGAUAGAGGCAUCCAGUUUAUUGGCGCGCGCAAUUCAAAGUGCGGGAGAAUCAUUUCCGGUUUUACUAUUGAAACAGAAUUUUGCCUCCACACUUCAUACUACUUAUUUUCAGUAUGGCGCUCUUAGAAAUGUGUGAUCAGAUGUUCGGAACAAGAAUUCUUUAUGACGUCUUAAAGAUCUCAAAGGAAGCCUCAGCAAGUGAAGUGAAGAAAGCUUACUACAAACAAUCAUUGAAGGUCCAUCCUGACCGGGCAGCUGAAGAGGAUAAGGAAGAUGCAACGGUCAAGUUCCAAACAUUGUCCAGAGUCUACACUGUCCUUUCAGACAAAGCUAGGAGAAAUCUUUAUGAUGAGACAGGUGAGGUCGAUGAUGAGAUAGAUACCGACCAGCAGAAGGAUUGGGAUGCUUACUGGAGAAUUCUCUUUAAGAAGGUCGAGGUGAAGGACAUUCAAGAAUUUAAUGAGAAAUACAGAGGUUCUGCAGAAGAACUAGAUGACUUGAAAGCAGCAUAUGUGGAGUCUGAAGGUGACAUGGAUGAGAUUCUGGAUAAUGUUAUGUGCAGCACAGAGGAAGAUGUGCCAAGGUUUACCAAGAUCUUAAAGGGGCUCAUUAAGGAAGGAGAGGUGCCCAUGUUUGAAGCAUUCGAGAAGGCCUCAAAGAAGAAACAGAAAGCUAGACAGAAAAGGGCAGCCCAGGAAGCUGAAGAAGCCAACGAGUUAGCUGAGGAGCUUGGGCUGAACGGCAGAGGGGCGUCCUCCACUGGAGAUGGUGACGAUGCUCUCAAGGCACUCAUCUUAGGAAGGCAGAAGAGUCGAGAGCAGCAGAUGGACGGUCUCUUUGCUAACCUAGAGGCUAAAUACUGCCAACCUAAGAAAGGAAAGGGCAAGAAACAGAAGAGAUAAUGUUUCUAGGACGCUUGCUUUCUGCAGAAAUGAACUAUGAUCGAACUUGGGGCCUAUUAAGGUCUGGACUGUGUCUAGAAUGUCAUUCUUUAGUGUCACUCCACCCAUGAUAUGUACUAUCCUGUCUUGUUGUCUUGGUGUAAGAGAUGCUUUGCCUCUAAGGUUUGUACCACAUGCUACAGACUUCUAAAACUUAAUAUAAAUGUCUUUAAUUUGUUUGUGAAAACAUGUAAUAUGUGUUUUCGACCGACAGCAUUUUUGUAGUAAAGCUGCAAAUAAAUCAACUUAUUUGUUUGAAAAAGAUGUAUGGGGGGGGGGGGGGGGUCCUUAUGAGUCUGGUGUUUGUCUUGUAACUUCAGAUGUUUUUUUUAGUUCAAAUGAUUUGUGCUUAAAUGCAAUGAAACCAACUCUGUAUUUUUUCUCUCUCUCACUCUGUAAGGGUGUUGAUAUUUGUUGAUUGAUGUUAUAUGAAAUAUAAUAACAGGUUUUUGUUGGCUUAAUCAUUCUGUGGCACUAAGUUUGAGGUAUUUGCAACAUUUCCAGUCAUAAGAUAUUUAUCUGUGAUCAUGGAGCAUCACGAUCAAAUAAUCCAAUGUAGUGUGUUCUGUAGAUUGAGUUCUGAUUCUUGAAGUUACGUAGGUUUAUUCCAUUCAAUAACUUAUUUUGAAUCGAAGCUAAUCCCUUUUACAUGAAGUCCCAUGUCACAAAAUACCAACCACAGUGAAGUGUGCCCAUGGAUAGUUUGGUAGCAGUUAGCAGGAUGGGCCUGUACACUCCUAGUUGACUGUUGUAUAUUAUGUGAACAAAUUAUGUCCUACCAAUGGCAGAAGGAUUUAGAACCUAAAUGUUUAGUGUAAAAACUACUCUUUUGUGACCAAACCUAAUAUAUAACUUUUGUACUUGUACUAAUAUCAUACCGGUACACCUUUAGGUUCAAGAGAAGAGAUUAAACUGUGUAUGUCAAAGUGGAUAGAUUAUCAUGCAUAUUUUCGCUUGAUUACAGCAACUGUAUAGCUUUCUUGAAUAUAAUUUUCCAAGUUUUGUUUGUGAAUGUAGUGUGAAUAAGCAUGCUUGACUAGUUUACAGGGCUGCUGACAAAGCCUCUGGAUUUUGAAACCUUUAGAAAAUCAAACAGUUUGUUUCAAAUUAUGUUGUGUAUUCUACUGAAGAAAAAAAAAAGAGUUUUGGGGUUUGUUGUUGUUAUUAAACAAUUUUAGCACAUUUUUGUUGUCUUGAUUGCUGAAAUGUUGAAGCAAAGACUGAGCCAGAGACUUGUAAACUUGUGAUAUAUAGUUAUAGGUGCACCUUUAAGGAUUAAAGAAUGAUCAGAGAGUGGAAGGAGAAGAAAGGGAAGAAUAUUUAUAUAUAGCUUGUAAAUCACUUUCUUCUAGUAAUCCAAAUUGAAUCCGACGAAAAUAUUAAUAAAUUAAAUAUGAAAAAUGAAAAUGAGUCAUUCAAUGACUUCAGUUAAUAAUUAUGUGUUGUGUAUAUUAAUAUUUAUGUCACAUGAUUUUUUUGUGGAUAAAAUUGAGGCAUUAGUUUAACUAGGGACUGACUAUAAAUGGCUACCAGAUGAUAUUUGUUUAUUGUAAUUCUGUUCAUUUUAUGUAUGCUUCAGAAGACUUGUAAGAAAUCACCUUUUUCAAAGGAUCUCCAUACUAUACUACAAUGUGUAAAGCUAAUAAACCACGUGAAGUAUUCUGUA